AUGUCACCUGACUCAACUCCCGUCCGUCUUACUCAAGGCGCUGCCAUCCUCAUCUCAGGCGUCUCCACUGGUGUAUCGCUCACCCUGUCCACCUUUCUUGUCCCACGCCUCCUGGAGUCUCCAACUCCCGUGAUGCUUCGCCAAUGGCUGUCUACCUACCGCCUUGGUGCUGCGACCAUGCCUCUUGCCUCAGUUGUCAGCGCUGCAGCAUAUAUCUGGCUCGCCGCAUCCCGCGCCGGCUCUCUCAAGGUCCUUCUCACUACCGCUGCGGGGAGGACCGCCGGUAGAGGCUAUCUCGCUGCUGCGGCGCUGACGAUCGGAAUCAUCCCGUAUACGAUUGCGUUCAUGAGGAAAACGAAUAAUAAGCUGAUAGAGCUGAAGGAGAGGUUUGAUAAGGAGGAAGUUGAGGGGAAGGCUGGGGCUGAUGAGGAGGGGGAGGUCAGCGUGCAGUGGGCGACGGGGGCGAAGUAUUUGGUUGAUUUGUGGGGGUUGUUGAAUCUGGGUCGGACGACGCUUUUGGUCGCAGGGAGCGUCAUUGGAUUGGCGUCGACUCUUUAA